ACAGGCUCGGCUGCCAUGAAGGUGAAGAUUAAGUGCUGGAACGGUGUGGCCACUUGGCUCUGGGUAGCCAAUGAUGAGAACUGCGGCAUCUGCAGGAUGGCAUUUAAUGGCUGCUGUCCAGACUCGAUAGUAACCCUAAGACAGUCUCUCACCCUGCCUGCCGGCGUUGAUACUUCUGGCCAGUAAGCCUCAGAGGGCAGUUCAACUUCAGCAAGGAGAGAUUGGCUCUCUGCCAUCAGUGACAUGCGUGUUCAGGCCCAGCAAGGUCACAGCUCCAUGGCCCAGUGUGGGACAUCGGUGGCCGCCGCCCUGGCGCUGCUCUUGCUGCUCCUGCCACCAAACCUUGCGUGGUACAAGCCUGCGGGACCCCAGCACUACUCGGUGGGCCGCGCCGCGGGGCUGCUGUCCAACUUCCACAGGUUCCCGUCCCCGCGACGCUCCGAGUCCCCAGCACUCCCUGCCGUAAUUGGACCCCUACGCUUGGAGAUGCGCUCUAGCCUAAGGAGCCUUGCCCUGUGUGUCAAAGAGGUGACCCCGAACCUGCAGAGCUGCCGGCGACAAUUCAACAGCCCAGGGACUUUGCAGUGUAAAGCGGACGUCUUCUUAUCGCUGCAGGAGGCUGAAUGCCAACAGCCUGAGCCCUGAACCCCCCAUGUCCAGUCUUGCUUGAAGCAGCGCAGGCCCUGUCUUGUGGGUUGGCGCCCGUGACCCCUAACUCCUACCAUGCUCCACAGCAAACGGCUAAAUGAAUAAAGAAGCAA